ACGGUGCGUUUUAGUGAUUCCGGAAACGGUGCGUUAAGCGUUAAGCCCUUCUGCUUCUUCUCCAUCUCUUUGUUAGCUUACUCUUUUGCGGCUGUGAGUGGUGAUUCCAACGACGGUGACUCUAGAGAAUAUGUGGCUUUGGAUUCAGGUUUGAUCUGUAAAGUACAGUGGCAUUUGGUCAUGGGGACUGAAGAGCCGAAAGAUCCAUUCAAGGGGGUUGACUGGAAAGCCAUAGGUGGUGAAUUGCAGAAGGACCCGAGUGCCGGUGCUAAACCAGUCAUAAAGAAACGGCUACCAAAAAAGAUUAGGCAAAUUCCAGAUUAUUAUUUCCUUCCUCGAAGAUCUCUACCCUCUGCUUUUGCAUUCUAUGGGUCAUGUAUUGCUGGUGGAAUUGGUGCCGGCAUGCUACUUGAGACCUGGAUAAACAAGAAGGUUAAAGAGGAUGGAGGCGUCAUCUGGGAGUUUGAUAAAUAGAUUAUGGAUGGCACUGCAACAGCUUCUCUCGAUGGGGAUCCUUUUUUCCUUUGCUGGUAUGACGGCGUCUCUCAUUUUGGAAACCCAUUCGUUGGAAUUUCAACUGCUGGAAAAACUAUGAGAUUGGUUACUAUGGGUUUGGACUGUGAAAUCGUUUAGUUUUGUUUUUGUUUCACUGGUAUUGAAAUAGUUCUGCAUGAAUAGGAAACGAAUUAAGUAUUAUAUAAUUUUGAAAUAUAUACGCGUUUCUUUUCAA